CCAAUAUAUCCCCAAUACACACCUUCUAAUUCAGAUAAUAGCAAGGAGGAUAAAGUUACAGAAUCUAAACAAAAUGAAAAAGUCACUAUGCCAAACCUUUUUCUAGAAUCAGAUAACCAGUUAUUAGAAUUAUUAUCUCUAGCAAUGCGAAAAAAAAUUAUUGACCCAUCUACAAAAAAUAAAUGGCCCAAAUCACUUGAAUAUAUGCAGUGUAGAAUUGAAGAUAUAAUUAUUCCGGAUGGUCUUUAUACAACAGUGAUUCAGGAUAAUAAUUCAAAAAAUCAAACUUUCGAUUUUUCUACCAAGAUCAAUACUAAAGAGGAGCCAGUAUCUAAUGAGAAAAAAGAGUCCCAAACUAGAAUUCCAUUCCAAGAUUCAAAUCAUAUUAGGUAUGAAAAAUCUAGAAAAUAA